UUUUAAAUUGUAUGAUGCAGCGCAUUUCCUUCAACAGAACAAUAUGCUGCUGCUGCGUUGUACUGACUUUGUCCAGUCUGUUCGGGCUUUAAAUCCGCACGCAAACUGCUGUUGUUUUGCUUUGUCCUGAUUGUAGCAACAAUGCUAACAUCAUUAGCAGCACUGCUUAGCACAAGUUUCAUUCAUUGGUUGUAGCUGACCAGACGUUAGCCCGAGCUUACGGUUGAAACGUCUGGUAGCAAACAUCUAGUUUUAUACAACACGCCAUCAGGUUGUUGCUAUUGACGCCCCUCCGCUGCUCACACUGAGCCACCAUGUAUCGUCCCAAACCUACUCUGAAGGACCGACAGCAGCUCUACAGGCUGAUCAUCAGCCAGCUGCUCUAUGAUGGAUACACCAACAUCGCCAACAGUCUCAUCAAUGAGGUCAAACCACAGAGUGUUGUGUCUCCCUCUGAGCAGCUGAUGCAGCUGGCAAAGAUAGGGAUGGAGAAUGAUGACAGUGCAGUCCAGUAUGCCAUUGGGCGCUCAGAUACGGUAGCACCUGGUGUGGGUAUUGAUCUGGAAUUCGAUGCUGAUGUCCAGACUAUGUCUCCAGAGGCAUCAGAGUAUGAGACCUGCUAUGUAACAUCCCAUAAGGGUCCGUGCCGCGUUGCUUCAUAUAGUCGCGACGGCCAGCUGAUUGCCACUGGCUCAGCAGACGCUUCCAUCAAGAUCCUGGAUACUGAACGCAUGCUGGCCAAGAGUGCCAUGCCUAUUGAGGUGAUGAUGAACGAGACAGCGCAGCAGAACAUGGAGAAUCACCCUGUGAUCCGAACACUGUACGACCACGUGGACGAAGUGACCUGCCUCGCCUUCCAUCCCACUGAACAGAUUCUAGCGUCUGGCUCCAGAGAUUACACCCUCAAGCUGUUUGACUACUCAAAGCCCUCAGCAAAAAGAGCAUUUAAAUAUAUACAGGAAGCAGAAAUGCUACGUUCAAUCUCCUUCCACCCAUCAGGUGACUUCCUGCUGGUGGGAACGCAGCACCCCACCCUACGUCUCUAUGACGUCAACACCUUCCAGUGCUUUGUGUCCUGCAACCCUCUGGACCAGCACACAGACACCAUCAGCGGCGUCAGCUACAACCCCAGCGCCAACAGCUACGUCACCUGCAGCAAGGACGGCAGCAUCAAGCUGUGGGACGGCGUCUCCAACCGUUGCGUGACCUCUUUCGAUAAGGCCCAUGAUGGGGCAGAGGUUUGCUCCGCCAUCUUCUCCAAGAACUCCAAGUACAUCCUGUCCAGUGGCAAAGACUCCGUAGUGAAACUGUGGGAGAUUUCUACAGGCCGGACACUGGUCAAGUACACAGGUGCAGGACUGAGUGGACGUCAGAUGCACCGUACACAGGGAGUGUUCAACCACACAGAGGACUAUGUGCUGCUGCCAGACGAGCGCACCAUCAGCCUGUGCUGCUGGGACUCUCGCACGGCCGAGAGGAAAAACCUGCUGUCUCUAGGACACAACAACAUCGUCCGCUGCAUCGUCCACUCGCCCACAAAUCCCGGCUUCAUGACCUGCAGCGACGACUUCAGGGCUCGCUUCUGGUACCGCCGCACCACCACAGACUGAGACACAUCCAGCCUAAUGUCCCUCUCACUUCCUCUCCUGUGUGAAAACCAAACGUCUUCAUGACCUCAGGGGACUCAUCAGCUCUUCUGGUCUGUGUGACUUCAUUUUGAUUUAAUUUGGCGCGGCAGUGGAACUUGUUGGACAGUUCUUAAGAAAAGGAGUUGCCAUUGAACCAUCUUAAGAAUAAAGCACUGUUCCUUUAGAUGUCUUCUCUUUUUGAUAACAACACGUUGUGAUACAAUGAACUGUUGUUUUAUUUAGUUCAAAGUCUGAUCUUAUAACUUCACCUCUUCUCACAUCUCAUAAUUCUCAGUUGUAUGUCCCGAAUGAAAACGGAGCUGUUUUGUCGUCUUUUCCACUUUUAUAUUUUGUCUAUGUCCUUUGAUGUAAUUCAGAUUUUUAUUAAACAAUUAAAAGGAACAA